CCCACUAAACCUGCAGGCUCAGACGCGGGAACUGACAAGUGCUGCCGCCCUUGCAACGUCAACCUAUGACGUUUCGAGGAUUGAUCAGCUGCCCGGUUUGACAAUUGGAAGCUGGCCAGCAUUUCUAGCUUCACCUUCCAAGUCCCUGAUCUGUACAGCUCGGAUUCGAAUUGCACAUACUCUGCUUCCAAAGACCGGUCUCGGUCGUGCCGGCGCUUGCGUAGCCAUGGAGUCCAGAUCCCUUCACUCGAAACCGUCGGAAGAGACUCUCAUAUCGCUCCUUCAACUAGACCCGUCCCCAAUCGAGACGCCACCGGCGGACGUUGAUAAAGAUCUUCCUCCUCUGCCUGAAGAUGCCCUAGAGAAUAGCAUUGGCUCUCUCAGAUCAACCUCUUCUGCGCCCGGAUUAAGCGGAAGCGGCAGCGGUCACAGCGCUAUCUUCUACCUAACACGGGUCCAGAAGUUCUCUUCCUACCUAGUACCAGUUUUCACAUCACUUCACGUCCUCAACACCUCGAUAAUACCACUCUUUGCGCGAUCAGUCCCAGCUUCCGAGGCAUACCUGCUACUUUCGAGGGAGAUUUACCAAACAUCUCUUACGGAGCCACUUCUCGUAGCGUUGCCCAUUGUUGCACACAUUACCUCUGGAUUCGCUCUCCGCCUAGUUCGCAGAUCUCAAAAUCUAAAGCGUUAUGGAGGCAACACACCUGGCAUGUACGCCUUGUAUCGAGCUCAGACCGGCAAAACAUCCCGGACCUUGACCUACAAUAGCGUCAACUCCGCUAGCAGGAUAUGGCCGUCCGUUAGCUACAUAACUAUCUCUGGCUACAUUUUCACGGUUCUUCUCGCUGCUCACGCAGGCAUUAAUAGGAUCCUUCCUCUUCAAGUUGACGGCGAUAGCUCAAACAUUGGCUUGGGCUUCGUUUCGCAUGGGUUUGCUCGACAUCCCAUCAUCUCGUGGGUUGCAUAUACCGGUCUUCUCGCAAUAGGCUGCGGACAUAUGAUUUGGGGCGCAGCAAAAUGGCUGAGUCUGGCGCCAACAGCUAUGGGGUGGAGUGGUAGUGGACACAAUGUCAUAGACAAAAAGGUACGACGGCGGAAAAGAAGAGCGUGGUGGGCGCUUCAUGGCGCCGCUGUAGCUGCGGCCGGCAUCUGGGCUGCCGGCGGAUUGGGCAUUGUGGCAAGAGGUGGUCCGACAGACGGCUGGAUUGGGAAGAUUUAUGAUGAUAUUUACAGCAAGAUUCCACUUUUGUGACUUAGAUCAGGAGAUAGUAUACAGGACGUACGAUACCCAACCAACAGCAAUAUUCACAGCUAGCAACACCAACUAGCAUAGACUGUCGGUCGCUGUACUAUUCGUUUAUUCA